CAGUAAAGUUGAGCGAUAAGUUUAAGCCCACACCAAUUCCGAGUUUUAUGACUCUAGGUUCUGGUAGAUAUGGCCGUCUCAAAAGCUGGAGUUUUGUCCUUCAUCCUGCCAGUUUUCUUGGCAGGUUUAGUCACCCGUCCUCUGAUUCUUGAAGAUUACGCGAAGCAGCUCGCUAAUCACGUGCAGAAUGCCAACAUUUCGGUUGAGGUUGUGUCUGAGAAAAUCAACCAAGUCGUCCACAGUUCUGACUUCAAGUUUGUUCUUGUCUACGGACUUACUGCCGUGCUGAUUUAUUUGGCUGUUCAGCUGUACAAGGCGGUGACUGAGCCCUUGGCACUCUACUGCGACGAGACCAAAUAUACGUAUUUAGUGGACGGCCCAGCCGACGGCAAAACGGCUGAGGAACGAGUGAGGGAUAUGAAGAGAUGUCGGAAGGUCGGAGAUGUUCCUCCUGUCUACCCGAAUGGCUGGAUGUCUAUCCUGAUGUCGUCUGAAUUGAAGAAGAAGGAGCACAAAUUCGUGUCCGUUGCUGGUAAGAACUUGGUGGUAUUCCGAGGAGAAAGUGGGCGGCCCUACGUCGUUGACGCCUACUGUGCUCAUCUAGGCGCCAAUCUGGCCAUAGGUGGCUCAGUGCACGGUGAAUGCAUCGAAUGUCCCUUCCAUGGCUGGAGAUACCGGGGAGAAGACGGCAAGUGCGUCCAUAUUGGAUACGCGGAAAAAGUACCCGACUUUGUGAAGAUCCCCACCUACCAGUCCUGCGAAGUCAAUCACAGAAUCUGGCUGUGGUACCAUGCUGAAGGCAAGGAGCCCGACUGGCAAGUCCCGGAGCUCGAAGAUAUCAAUAAUGGAAAGCUUCACCCUGUUGGCUUCACGGUUUGCGAACUCGACAGCCAUAACGAGGACACCCCUGAAAACGGAGCUGAUGUCGCCCAUCUAGAUUACCUUCACGGGCCGAGGGCUUUCGUUGGUCAGGCCCACUUUACCGACGUCAGCUGGGAGCCACACCCUACCGAUAAGCAUGUGGCUUUACUUCGUAUGUCCACCAAACCCCCGUAUUUUUAUAAUCUGUUCAACCUGCCGGCAAACACCUUCCAUAUCGAGCAGAUAGGACCCUGCUUCGCCCAUUUCCACAUGGACAGUCCCAUGCUGGGUGAGCUACAAUUGGUCUUAACCGUCACGCCUGUUGGACCCAUGCGACAGAGGAUUGUGACCACUGGGUAUACCCGGAGAGGACCCAUCUCAUUCUACAUUGGCAAGAAGGCCUUGUAUGAACAGUUCUACCAGAUUUGGGGUGACCUUCCGGUGUGGGCCAACAAGAGGUACGUUCGUAACCCCCCGUUUGUGAAGGAGGAUCAUCUGAUAGCGAAACAUCGCCGAUUCUUCGCCCAGUUCUACUCUGAGAACAGCCCCAAGUACGACCCGAAAGAGGAAUCUAUGGAUUGGUAAAAUUACCGUCUAAGGUUAAAAAGAGAGUACAUGUGUAUCUCAAAGCUGUCACUUUUAAUAUUUUGGCUUGGCGAUCUACGAGUAAAGGCUUAAGACUAGAAUUUUGCGCUUUCUUUUUUAAUUCAUAUGCAAAGAACAUUCAUGUAAUUGCUGUAAUAAAAGGAAUUAUUUAAGUGUUGUUAUUGUCAUACGAUUUGUUACGUUAGCGUAUAAUUGCUUCAUUAUAAUGUGCUAUACGCUUUAGAAAGCAACCACAUAAUUAAUGUUUUACAAACAAGGAUGACGAGGCGUUGAGUUAAAAUAGAUAUAUCUUUUUUAGAAUGUAAUUACUGUUUCGCUCGGAAACCAAAACGAAUUGGUCUAGAUGAGCGUAGAUAAACAUUAAAAACGUUUGACUCAAUUUUAAAGGGAAGGGGCCGGGAAUGUCUAAAACAAAUAUUUAGGGGAAUAUUUACCUGAAUACCAUUUUGAAACGUUUUGA